AACGCAGGGUGCGAAGCAGUUACUGCAGCAGCGCGCAGUGCUCUCUCUCUCUCUCUCUCUCUCUCACCAGAUGCACCUCGGCUACACAUCUGUCUGCAGAAUAUGGAUUUUUACCAAAGCCGCUUCACACCCAUCAGCUUAUUCUGUGCCGUCUGGAUGUGGCCCCAGCGCGCGCGCACUCCCCGGAUCUGAGUCGAUGCGGCGGAUCAUGGACGCCGGUUUCUAUGCUUUCUGUUCCCAGCCACACCGCCUUAUACAUGGAUGAGGAAAUUGACACCCGCACAAUCAACAGCAGCUUCCUCCGCGACCACAGUUAUGCAACAGAAGCUGACAUCAUAUCCACCGUUGAGUUCAACUCUACUGGGGAGCUACUUGCCACAGGGGACAAAGGAGGUCGAGUGGUGGUGUUCCAGAGAGAGCAGGAGAGUAAGAACCAGCCACACCGACGAGGGGAGUACAAUGUUUACAGCACUUUUCAGAGCCACGAGCCCGAGUUCGACUACCUGAAAAGCUUGGAAAUUGAGGAAAAGAUCAACAAGAUCCGCUGGCUGCCUCAGCAGAAUGCUGCCUACUUCCUCCUCUCCACCAAUGAUAAAACUGUCAAGUUAUGGAAAAUCAGUGAGAGAGACAAGCGACCAGAGGGUUAUAACCUGAAGUAUGAGGACGGCAGGGUGCGGGACCCCACCACCAUCACAGCGCUGAGGGUGCCAGUGUUGAGGCCCAUGGACCUGAUGGUGGAGGCUACAUCUCGGCGAGUGUUCUCCAAUGCACACACCUAUCACAUCAACUCUAUUUCAGUGAACAGUGACAACGAAACAUAUAUGUCAACGGACGAUCUUCGGAUCAACCUGUGGAACCUGGAAAUCACCAACAGAAGUUUCAACAUUGUAGAUCUAAAACCAGCCAACAUGGAAGAACUCACUGAAGUGAUCACAGCAGCAGAGUUUCAUCCCAACCAGUGCAACACGUUUAUCUACAGCAGUAGCAAGGGUUCCAUACGACUGUGUGACAUGAGAGCAGCUGCACUCUGUGACAACCACUGCAAAUUCUUUGAGGAACCAGAAGACCCCGUUAAUCGCUCCUUCUUCUCGGAGAUUAUUUCCUCCAUCUCCGACGUGAAGUUCAGCCACAGUGGUCGUUAUCUAAUGACUCGUGACUACCUUACUGUUAAAGUAUGGGAUCUUAACAUGGAGAACAAACCUCUGGAGACCUAUCAGGUCCACGACUACCUGAGAAGUAAACUGUGCUCCCUCUAUGAGAACGACUGUAUUUUUGACAAGUUUGAAUGUGUGUGGAAUGGAACAGACAGUGUCCUGAUGACCGGAUCCUACAAUAACUUCUUCCGCAUGUUCGAUCGUAACACCAAGCGCGACGUCACACUGGAGGCUUCCAGGGAAAACAGCAAACCUCGAGCCAUCCUCAAGCCACGCAAGGUGUGCGUGGGUGGCAAGCGGCGUAAAGACGAGAUCAGCAUGGACAGCCUAGACUUCGGGAAGAAGAUUCUUCACACGGCCUGGCACCCGUCAGAGAACAUCAUCGCCGUGGCCGCCACCAACAACCUGUACAUUUUCCAGGACAAGGUCAACUAGCGCGUCUCGUCUCGAGUUCUCCGUCACGGAGACGGGAAUCUGAUGCCUCGAGGAAAUCUGUAGGAAAAUGUCCGGUUGAGCUUUUUUUCUUUUCUUUUUUUGUUGAGCACAUAGUACGUACCCACUGCACUGAAUUAUAUGCAAAGAUGACUGCUGCCUGCUCCGUUUUUAGUUUGCCUCUUCCACUGUAGUUCAAAUAUGGACAGCAAUGAAAUGCAAGGACAUUCGAGUUUGCUGCGAAAACCGAACCGAUCACGCUCUCAGCCCCAGAUUUUCCGCAACUUCUCACCUAUUUAUUCACCAUUUGACUUCAUGGAAGCGGAUGCAUCAUUCUGACGCAGGACUACAGUUCGGAUAGGGCGGCAGCGCACUGGUUUAAGAUGGAAUUAAAAAAGGUUUAAAAAAAAAACAAAAAAAAACUAUGUAGCAAUUUACUGCUUUUGUUGUAAUUUUCUAAAUAAACUCUAAAAGGAAAAAAAAUAAACGGCUAAUAAAAAUCAAA